AUGAAAUGUAUAAUUUAUCGCAAUUUUUUAUAUAAACCCAAAUUUAUCUCUAGUAAUACAAAAUUUUAUACUACCAAUACAAAAUUUAGCUUAACUAAUACAAAAUUCCCCUUAAUUAAUAUAAAAUUAAGUUUUGUUAAUAUAAUUAAUAAUUUUAAAUUUCUUAAUUUAAUUGGUUCUGUAAGAUUUUCAAGUGUUGGUAAAAAAGAUUCCAAUUUGUAUAAUAUUGAGAAUAUAAGAAAUAUAGGAAUUAGUGCCCAUAUUGACUCGGGGAAGACUACACUUACAGAGCGGAUUCUAUUUUACGCAGGAAAAAUUGAUACAAUCCAUGAAGUCAGAGGAACUGAUGGAGUUGGAGCUAAAAUGGAUUCUAUGGAUUUAGAACGUGAAAAGGGAAUUACAAUACAAUCUGCCGUUACUAAUAUUAAUUGGAAUAUAAACUCCAGUUCACUUGGAAUUGGACCAAAUAAUACCCUAACUAAUCCUAAUUACAGUAUAAAUAUUAUUGAUACACCUGGUCAUGUAGACUUUACUAUAGAAGUUGAACGUUCUUUGAGAGUGUUGGAUUCUGCAGUUUUAUUAGUUUGUUCUGUUUCCGGUGUUCAAUCCCAAACUGUGACUGUAUUUCGUCAAAUGGACCGAUACAAAAUCCCACGUAUCAUUUUUCUAAAUAAACUUGAUAGAGAAGGUGCUAGCAUUGAUCGUUGUAUCCAUAUGCUCCAGAGUAAACUUGGUGUUAAUCUUCUUCAACUACAAAUUCCUAUUGGAAUUGGGCCUAAACUUGAGGGAAUUAUAGACUUGCUAGAGAUGAAAGCUUAUUAUUUUAGAGGUCAAUUUGGAGAAUUGAUGACCUGUGAAGAUAUACCUGAAAAUAUGUCUGAAUUGGCUGAAAAAUUAAAUUUUCAGCUCCUAGAGAAGAUUGCAGAUCAUGACAAUGAUUUUGCUCAAAAGUAUUUAGAAUCCAAUUUCAAUCUUGAUGAUAUAAGAAAUAGUAUACGUAAACUGACUUUGGAACAUGUUAUGUAUCCACUUUUAAUGGGAAGUGCUAAAGGUAAUAAAGGAGUACAAUUAUUAUUGGAUUCUAUUUGUUAUUAUUUACCAUCACCAAAAAAUUCUAUUCAAGUUUACAAAUAUCAAAAUUCUUCUGAGUCUGAUGAUAAAUUAAUUUUAAAAGAAGAUUAUAAAGGAUUAAUUGGUUAUAUUUUCAAAAUUGUUGAUACAUAUUUAGGACAAUUAUCAUAUACACGUAUAUAUAAAGGAAUAUUGAAACGUGGAUUAUCAGUAUUAAUAGUAGAAGAAGAUAAGCGUGUGAUAUUGAAAAAAUUAUUUAAAGUUCAUUCUGAUGAGGUAUUAGAAGUUUCAGAGGCUAGAGAAGGUGAGAUAGUUGCUAUUUCAGGUCUAAAGUGUCCUUCUGGAGUUACAAUUACUGAUGGUAAACAAGUAACAAUGAAACCAAUGCAUGUACCUGAACCAGUAGUUUCAAUGGCACUCAAAAAUAUUAAUAAAAGUGAUUCUGUUAAACUUUCUAAAGCUCUUAAUAGAUUUCAAAAAGAAGAUCCAACUUUUAGAAUUAAUAUUGAUCAAGAAUCUAAAGAAACUAUUUUGUCAGGAAUGGGUGAAUUACAUUUGAAUAUAUAUUUGGAACGUAUGAAAAGAGAAUAUGGAAUAAAUAUUGAAGUUGGAGAACCAAUAGUAAAUUAUAGAGAAACAAUUACAACAAAAGCUGAAUUUAAUUAUACACAUAAAAGACAAUCAGGUGGUGUUGGUCAAUAUGCUAAAGUCAUUGGUUAUAUUGAACCAAUUAAAGAUAAUCCAAAUGAACAUCUCAAUAUACAAUUCAUUAAUCAAUUCAUUGGAAAUGAUAUAAAAUCGAAUUAUAUAAUAUCAAUAGAGAAUGGAUUUAAAGAGAUAUGUAAGAAAGGAUUAUUAUGUGGUAGACCAGUAGUGAAUAUGAGAUUUGUAUUAACAGAUGGAGCUUCUCAUGAUGUAGAUUCUUCUGAUUUAGCAUUUAAAUUGGCUACUUAUGGUGCAUUUGAAAUGGCAUAUAGACAAGCAGAACCUAUAAUUCUAGAACCAAUAAUGUCUGUUGAAGUCACAGCACCUCAAGAAUUCCAAUCACAAACACUCUCAACACUUACAAAAAGAAAAGGAAUCAUUACAAAUACAAAUAUUAUUAAUGAAAUUGUUAUUAUCAAUGCCAAUGUUCCAUUAAAAUCUAUGUUUGGUUAUAUUACUGAUUUAAGAUCAGCUACCAAAGUAUACAUAUACAUAUAA